AUGGACCGGAGUUUUACAUUACGCGCCCUCCUUGCGGGGCUCUUCCUCGGUGUUCUUGUCAAUCUCUCCAAUACCUACUAUGGACUUCGGAUAGGUGCUGGCAGUCAAAUGUCCAUGGUUUCCGGGCUUUUGGGAUUCGUUGGGUUUAAAUUGUUCUCGAAACACACUGCAGUACGAUUUUCUGCCGCAGAAAAUUUUCUGGUCAUCAGUGUAGCCACAGCAACAGGGUGCAUGCCAAUUACGGCUGGCUUCGUUGGUAUAAUUCCAGCGCUCGAGUAUCUGAUCGGCGCAGAGGAGAAUGGUCCACUUCAUUUGCAUUGGGAGAGCCUGGUGUUGUGGUCGAUGGGACUUUGCUUCUUUGGUCUAAUAUUCGCUUCACUGCUUCGAGAGCAUUUUGUUGUACAGGAGAGGCUACCGUGGCCAGGACCGAAAGCGAAUGCCCACCUGAUAAACACUCUCCAUCGCAGGUCUCCAAGGUCCUCAGCACCUCCUGGUAGCAGCUUGGCUUCGACGGUGUUGGUUGGGCCCAAUGGAGAUGAGUAUUUCGGUCCCUCUGCCGAAGAGCCUUUACUUCCGCGCGAGAAUGAUUUCGAGUGGAAGCUCAGGAUGAACAGUCUGUUCAGAGGGGCUACGGUGUCUGGAAUCAUUACUGUCUUCAUGUACUUUGUACCGAUAUUUCAUUCCCUCCCGAUUCUUGGGCUCCAAGCUGCGAACAAAUGGCUCUGGACUCUGGACAUUUCCCCUGGAUUCUUUGGCCAAGGCAUCAUCACAGGCCCCACAAUUCCCCUCCAUAUGCUUUUUGGUGCCAUUGUUGGGUGGGGAAUAUUGUCACCAUACGCUAAACACAACGGCUGGGCACCUGGCCAAAUUGAUGACUGGGAAACGGGGUCAAGAGGAUGGAUAAUAUGGGUCAGCUUGGCGGCACUGUUGGCAGACGCUUCUGUCAAGCUUGCCUGGUUUCUAGUCCGACCAAUCUGGAGGCAAUAUCUUGCCGGUAGCAAUCUGCAAAAGCCACUGAAUGCUGUCUCCAAGAAUGUUGAUCAAAACUCAGAAACUCAAUCUCAUGGUGGCGAGUUCAUUGCUGCUCCAUUUGAGAUGCAGGACGAUCCACUCUCACCACGAGUACUUGCACUGGGAUUUUUUUGCUCUGUCAUCGUCUGCACCUUGGUAAUACAUUUCAUCUUUGGAAAUAUCAUACCGUGGUACUACACAAUUCUAGCAAUAGCUAUCUCGCUUCCAAUGGCAAUUGUGGGCAUACGAUCGCUUGCAAAAACGGAUUACAACCCAAAAAGCGCUCUAAUCUUUGCUUCCCUAAUAUCCCGUUCAAAUCCAAAUAGGAUUAUUAUUAAUCUUUUAUUAGCAGCUGUAGCCCAAACAAGAGCGAAUCAAGCCGGUGAGCUUACUUACGACUUUAAAAUCGAGAGUCUUGUUAGCGCUCGAUCCGACGCACAAGUCUAUAGGCAAAUUAUUGGGUCAAUAUUCGGUGCGCUUAAUUCAUGUGGCAUAUACAAGCUUUAUGCCUCUCAGUAUCCUAUACUAAGAACUUUUUUUAAAAUACUUUCGUCAUUUCUUGUAUUUAGCACGGCAAGAUUAGUAAUAGGUCGAGGGCUUCCGGAUAGGGUUGCUCUUUUUGCCAUUGGGGCUGCAUCCCUCUCUAUAUUAGUUACAAUUAUUAAGAUACGAUACUUAACGGAAUGGUGGCAGAAGCUGAUCUUAAGUGGUGUUUCAUUUGCUAUUGGAAUUUAUAACAUGCUUUUGUUCACCUUCGCCCGUGCGGCCGGAGGGGUUUUCUUUUGGGCUUAUCAAAGACGUAAUAAAAGUCGGGAAAGGAAUAUAAUAGUUCUAGCAAACGAAUUAGUACUAAGCGAAUCUUUUGCGAGCCUUAUUAGCCUUGCUUUAAGCGCUUUGCAAGUUCCUCAGGUUGGGGGAGGGUAA